AUGGCCAUGCAGCGCCACGCUUGCAGAACGUCAAGUUUCGCAGAACUCGCACCCAGUGUCCGAAGGCCCAUGAACUUCUUUUCUUUCAUGGAGAUUUUCACAGAUCAACGUAACUCACACCCUACUAUUAGGCUCACAACUGCGCCCAGGCUGAACUUCGCCAACGCAAGGGCGCCAAUGUUGCACGAAAGGGGAAGACAAUCAUCGUUCUUUAUGACAAACUGGUACCCUAUUGCACAUAACCCCGUUAUACGACGAGCGCAGUUGCACGAUGAAAGCCUCUUUUGCGAUGAUCCGAACAUAUAUGUGGUUGGACGGAUCUCGUUCAAACGGAAUGCUGCGCUCACCCGCUGGGGCAUUCGGGUCGUCUAUCGCGCUAUAAUUGCAUCUUACGCUCCGUAA